GCAGUGCGUGCGAGUGUGCAGCGGUCCCGAGAGCUGCUGCGAGAGACCGGCGUGGCUUGAAGUGCGCGCAAAGUUAGGGCCAGUGUUAACCCCGUCGUCGACGUCGACGUCGCGGGCAUCGCUCGGGAUUCCGCUCACGAUCCUCGGGAUCAUCGGGCAGGGGUUUGUUCCAGGCGCCUCUGGAACGCUGCGCGGUUUCCGGUUGGCGUGAUGCACAUCUCUUCGAGGGAUCUGCCGCGGAUCUCCUCGCGUUCGCCACGCAUUUGAGAAGAAACGGACGACGCGAAUUUACGGAGAUACGUGGUUCGUGCGGCCAAGAGAAGGCACAAAGGGGCCAGGCGCGUCUUUUAUAGUGGAGGAUUCGGAGGAUCAUGAUGUCCCCCAUAAUCGGGGAAACGCUACGCGUAUGGUUCCUCUCGGCGCUGGUUGUUCACGGAGCUGUCGCCGGGAAUCCGGACGCGAAGCGCCUUUACGACGAUCUGCUAUCCAAUUAUAACAAGCUCGUACGCCCUGUGGUGAACACUUCGGAUGUGCUGCGCGUGUGCAUCAAGCUUAAGCUCUCGCAACUCAUCGAUGUGAACUUGAAGAAUCAGAUCAUGACGACAAAUCUGUGGGUGGAACAGUCAUGGUACGACUACAAAUUGCGAUGGGAGCCGAAGGAGUAUGGAGGAGUUCACAUGUUGCACGUACCGUCUGAUCACAUAUGGCGGCCCGACAUAGUGCUCUACAACAACGCGGACGGCAACUUCGAGGUGACCUUGGCCACGAAGGCCACGAUCUACCAUCAAGGAUUGGUCGAGUGGAAGCCGCCCGCCAUAUAUAAAUCAUCGUGCGAGAUCGACGUGGAGUACUUCCCAUUCGACGAGCAGACCUGCGUCCUCAAGUUCGGUUCGUGGACCUAUGACGGCUUUAAGGUCGAUCUAAGACACAUGGAUGAAAAAUCCGGGAGCAACGUGGUUGACGUGGGGGUUGACCUGUCCGAAUUCUACAUGUCGGUAGAAUGGGAUAUUCUAGAAGUGCCUGCAGUGCGGAACGAGAAGUUUUACACCUGCUGCGACGAGCCCUACUUGGACAUCACGUUCAACAUUACGAUGAGGAGGAAGACCCUCUUUUACACAGUGAACAUUAUCAUUCCCUGUAUGGGAAUAUCUUUCCUUACGGUUCUUACGUUUUAUCUGCCUAGCGACAGCGGUGAAAAGGUAACGCUUUCCAUUUCGAUUCUCAUCAGUCUCCACGUGUUCUUCCUGUUGGUUGUUGAGAUCAUUCCGCCUACAUCCUUGGUUGUGCCGUUGCUUGGAAAGUACCUGAUAUUCGCCAUGAUACUCGUCUCGAUAAGUAUAUGCGUUACGGUGGUCGUUCUCAACGUUCACUUCCGUUCACCACAGACGCACAAAAUGGCACCCUGGGUGAAGAGGGUUUUUAUACACAUUCUUCCGCGACUUCUAGUCAUGAGAAGACCUCAAUAUAAAUUUGAAGCAAACAGGUACACUUCCGGUAGAGUGUUAAUGAGGACCGUCAGGGGAAAGGAGAAAACCUGCUAUUAUCCUUACCCUCCAUCGACUCAGGAAGACAGUGAGGAGCACCUCACACCCAAGAGAUUCCACAGCCGUCCUCCAUCAAAGGAAGACCUCUCGCCUUCCAGUCUUACAGACGGUGCGAGGUUUGGAGGUAGCUGCUUAAUUCACGGUCCUCCUUUACCAUUGCACACCGAAUGCGAGGAUCUCUCGGUUUCCGGAGACGGAGGCAUACAGGAAGUCAAAAGUCCCGUACUCCGAAGCCCGCCCGCCUUCUCGCAUUCCCGCUGUCCGCCGGAAGUGCACAGAUCCUGCAUCUGCGUGCGUUUCAUCGCCGAGCACACCAAAAUGCUCGAAGAUUCGACUAAGGUAAAAGAAGACUGGAAGUAUGUAGCAAUGGUCCUGGAUCGAUUGUUUCUUUGGAUUUUUACCCUGGCGGUCUUGGUAGGCACCGCGGGCAUCAUCUUGCAAGCGCCUACUCUGUAUGACGAUCGAGUGCCCAUCGACAAAAAGUUUAGCGAGUUCGCGACCACGGCAGUGGUCAAAUGUCCGCCCCAGUAGUCCAUGCCCGAGCCCUGCACCGUAGAGAAAGAUUAAGGAUCAGAAGCACGGACCCCUCCCCCCCACCCCCCGUCCUAGUUUUAGGGGACUCCGCAAGCUCCAGCUCCUUAUCCUCAACGAUGAAAUUACGGCAAAAGGGCUCCGAUCUUACAAAGGAUGAACCGGAAGUAUAUGACCGGCGAUUUUGACGAUGAAUGGGACGCAAUGUUCCUCUGAGAGAAGAAAAAAACUGGAAGAAUGAGAUAGAAAGUCAUCGAUUUGCAGAGACAGUCUGGUGGAUAGAAAGACGAGAAUCAUUGCUCCUUGAGAAGGAAGGCGAUAGACAUUGUUACGAAACCUUAAAAGGGAGAAACGGGAGAACUCGAGACAACGACGCGUCGUCGUUUGAAUAAAACUGCACUUCCAUCUGUUAAGAAAACUGCGUCUCCCAAAUAAAGGACUCGUUGACCGGCGCGAGAUUCGCCACACACACACAGGUGACCUACAUACACCUACAUAGUCUGCUCAAGUAAAUCGUAAUAUGAAGCUGCCACUACUUAAUCGGGUAAACCUAACACACAUCAGAUGGACUUUACGAUGUAACACUGUAAGUAAUUUUAACGCCUCGAGAACGAAAAAAGCGAGAACCGAAUCUUCGCCAACGUUCGCCUAAACGCGCGCGAGCAAGCGUCAAGUAUCGUUCGAGUAGGGCUCGGAACCGAACGUGAAUUAAAACGCGAGAUUAAUUAAUAUCUUUUUUCAAUCUAUACGUUAUAGAUUUAUAAUCUAGUAUGCGAGACGCAACCGAUAUUGAAAACUGGUCAACCCGAAUUAUACGACCGGCUUUUAACGUAACAUUGUAUCGCAACGUCGAUCGUGUCGCGGCUGUAUGUCGUAGCAGCAUUUUACGCACACUGUUUACGCGAAGAAGUAGCGCCGAUAUACAUAUAUAACAAGCAUUUCUCUUUUUUGAACGUAGAACAUUUUUUAUACCAAACGCGAUAUCCUCCGAAUAAUUCCAUACUUUGUUGCCGCGCGAUGCGGUACAUUUACUGGCACUUGAGAGUUGCAAGGGUUUCGCGACACACACAGCGGCCGAAUAAGAAACUGCAAUAGUGUACGCACUGCGUACGCGGUAUAUUCGAUCCUUACAUGCGCGAACGAUUCUUCGCUCGAGCAAACGCCGCGUUUCGCAAGCGUACGUUUUGUAUUGUAAUGCGGGUCGUAAACCGCUCGCAUUACGCGAGUUAAUUAGGUAAUCACCGCAUAGCUAGUUCGUCGUACACAGACCUAGGGUGUAAUCUUACUUGAAAUAUAUAACCAGUAAGUAAUUUUAAAAACGUACCCGUGUUUAUACGAGCACAAUAUAUAUAUAUAUAUAUAUUUAAAUAUAUAUAUAUAUUUAAGAGCGAUGGACGAGCCGAUGGCGCGUCGGUAGCGCGGAGCAAUUAUAUUUCUCCUCAACUAUAUACGCGUGAGAGGCUCUCUAUAUAGGGAUAUAUCCUAAAUAUUAUAUUUAAUCAACUAUAUAUGACAUAAUCUCUCUUCUGAUAUUAUCAAUUAUACUUCCAUAAGUAAUGUCUUUACGAACGCUUUGUAUCCCCAAACACACUUGAUUUUUUCGCCCAGGGCUUCUCCAUCUUUUCCCUCUAUCUAUAUAAGCGAUGUAAAUAUAUUUAUUCAGGCGUGUGCAAUUAUUUGUCAUCGUUUCCUGCAACUUUUCCGCGGUUCUCCUUCCAAAGUGAAGGAGGCACUGAUCGGGUGGACUCGCGUCGCCGACGCAUCUCGCGUUAUCUCGUCCCGAGAAUAAGAAUAUAUUGUAUUUUGUAACGAGAAAGGUGAAACACGCGAGAAUACUACAAUAAAGAGUAAUUGAUAGUACGGUAAGAACAAGUAAAGCAUACGAAUUCUAAAGCUGAUAGUUGUAGGGAAUUGAACGACCGUUGACGCCGUUGUUCAAUACCGGUAGUUUGUGGUCGUUGUCAUUGUGAGUUGUCAUUCAUAAUUUCGCCUUUUAUUCCGUUUUUCUUUAUAGACAGUUACGCGUCAUGUAUGAUACUCGUCAUUGUGGUUAAACGAUCGUUAGUCGCGAAUCGCGUCGUGCGGACUGUUACUCGCGAGAGUGUAAUCCAACAUCGGAGAAUUUUGGAGCUUUCUUGUCCAAAUCGCAAUUACUAUUUUCCAUAUAUUUGAGAAAUUCGGAUAAAACUUUCUGUGAUUUCUAAUUUACUCUGAAAUUGAUGCAGACAUUAAAUACGUGUCAUUAAUUUAUAUAGAAUUAUGUUGAAGCUUCCAUUAAAUCAAUUGAAGGAAAAUAAUCGGUUAUUAUAAAUUGAAACAAAAAAAUCUACGACUUUAUUCGAUGCCGACAUUUACAUACAUAGACAAAGCAUAAAGGAGCCGAAUUGCUCCAUCGAUCGACGGUCGAAAUUUGCAUUCCCGAUUCUCCGACGUUCUUAGAAAUCUUAUUGUUAGUCAUAAUUAAAGAGUAAUUUUGCGCAUUCUAAGUACAAUGCCGUAGUACUUGGAACUGUAAAUAUAUAUAUAUAUAUAUAUAUUAUAUAUAUAAUUACGGCGAGGAAUAACGAUUCCCCAUUACUACUGCCAUUAAAACGCAAGGUCGAUACUUUACGCGUUUUUAGCUGUUACUUGGACCGCCGUCGAUCGUAAAAGGCAAUAUCCGGCGUACGAUCGCCGAUCGAUCAUCGGGCAAAUCGAUCAGAGUGUAAAAUUUCUAAUUAUUUCUUCUCGAGAUUCGGACGAUUGUUUCUUCUUGAUCGACGCCCCGAUUGAUUUAUGCCGGAUAUUAUCAAGCGACGUCAUGUGCGAGGAUGAGAAUACACGUGGUCGCUACCUGAUUGAAAAUCGUCCAGCGAACGCAUUAGAUUUGAAGGAAAUAAAAAGACGUACAUUUAGACGUACAUUAGAAUAGUAGGUUCGAGGGAUUCUCCUAGCGAAAAAGCGAAACAAAUCUAUUCCGCACUAGGUCGUUAGGAAAACAACGCACACGUUUUCUAUGAUAGAGCUAUGAAUUUACUUGUUACUUGAAAUAAUGCAGCGAACGGUGACUUUCGAGUCGACGGCGAUUUUAUUGCAAAGACGGCAUCUGAGUUUAAUUACGGAAUAAUGUAUGAAAACAAUUUUGGUGUUUUAGUUUCUAAUAAACAGAAAAAAAAUAGAGAAGCCAUUUUUAGCUCUGUAUGUGUGUGUAGUCUAUGUAUGUUUAACAAAUUAAAAAGAAAUUUUAAUUUUACAAAAUAAAUUUCUAUCAAUUAAUUUCUUCUAAAUUAUUCUUAUUAGCAGAAAUUUUUUAACAUUUUAGCAAUUUUUGUCAUUGUCACAAUUUCUAUAAAAUUAACUUUGUAUUCGGAAAACAUAAUGAAGCUGUACUAUUAUUAAAAACAUUCUACAAAUAUUCAUCGUCGACUGCGAAAAUCACUUCGAUAUGAUCGAAAAAUUCGAUUGUUAGAAUGAUUUUAGAUUACAAGUCAAGAAGAAAUGAAAGAAAGAUAGAGCGAAUGCACAUUUAAAUAAUAAACAAUUAACAGGAUAAAUUAAGAUGUAAAUAUACCAUGUAAAUAACGAAGCGUAACAAUAAGUAAAGGCUAUAAUGGUUGAACCUUUUCUUACAAUUUUCAGACGAUUAGAUAUUCUUUUGAAAAAUUUUAACAGGGCUCUUUAACAGCGACAUCGUAACACCUUAGUAACAUAACUACGCGUGUCACUUCGAAAUUUUAAUUUUUCAACAUUAAUAUAUUAUCCCAACAUAAAAUUAUAUUCAAUUUUAUUCGAUUAAAAUGCUGUCAGAGAAGCUCUCUUUUAUCAGAAAAUAAUGACAAAGUUUGAAUAAAUACAAUAAUUCGAAAUUUUCACAAAAAUAUAGAAGUUUUUUGGAUAUACUGUAGAUAGUUUAUAUAUAAUUCAUUUGCGUAAAGCUUACGCAAUUCAUCAAAGUAACUCAUUACGAAGAAACAACUAAAAUACCAAUAAUAUAAAACGAUGCUCUUCGACGAUAGAAUCAUAAAGAAAGGUGUGGCAGACAAAGGUAUAGUUUUUAUUUUCUAUAAUUUUUAUCACGUGAGAGCGAUUUUAUGUUAAUCUCUCGCCGUAACAUGGCAACUAUUCCGUAAUAUUUCGUCAAAAACAGAUAGUUUUAUUUAGGCUUAUAAAAUUUGCAAGCGGUAUAGCUCUUGGAGCGUACAUUUUCGAGCGAUCUCUUUCAGUCAUCCUGUUUCCGAUAACAGUUUUUACAAUUGGUGCUCUCGACGCAGGAUUAUCGAAAUUUCGAGCACCUUCAUUAAUUAGCGUUUGGUCAUAAGGAGAAGAGCGUGGAACUGAAGUCUCGAUAUCGAAGUACAAAGUACUAUACGGUAUCGGCAUUAAAUGCAUCGAGUGUAACUAGCCGCAUC